GGUCCCAGGGCUUGGGGAGCGGAAGAGGGCGCGGCUCUGGGUCACGUGGCAGGGCGGUCACGUGGGCCCACGGCUUCGGCGGACGGCCAAGAGUUCUAUGCGCCUGCGCAGUUCCGGGGCUGGGCUUGCACGCCUUUACCCGAGAGACUUUGGUUCCACUAGCUGUGGGCUCCGGCGACAGUCCCGGUCCCUACAGUCCCACGGCGGACGCUGGCACCUUUGGCGCUUCCAUCCUUUUCUCCUGCGGAGAGCUUGGGAUGUGAUAAUGCCAGCCAGACUUCUCAGAGCCCUCACCGGAUCUCACAGUGUAUUAUCAAAAGCACAUCCAUGCCAAGGACUUGUUCAUCUAACUUUAAAGCCGCUUCAGGCAUUUGGAAAUCUGGCAUGCAGCAGCACCCUGACGAUCCGCCAAAACCUGGAUUCAUACUUUCCUGUCAAAGCAGCCGAUGGCUUGAGCAAGCCUCGGGUCCUAGAAACGAACCAGAAAAUCUCAAACGCAAGCAGAUGGUCUCCAUUAAAUGCCGCACACUUCCAGGAUGACAAAGUGCACCUUGUAACCGUGAAAUCACUUGGUACUCAUAGGAAAGUGACCCAUAAGCCAAACCUUUUGGGUUUAAAGUGGUUUGUAAAGACAUUAAAGAAGCAUUACUCAUCUGCAUCAACUGAAACAUUUAUUCCAAAACAAGACUUUCCCCAGGUCAAAAGACCCCUGAAAGCAUCCAGGACCAGGCAGCCCUCCAGGACCAACCUCCCAGCUCUGUCUGUGAACGAGAACCUGAUGCACUGCACAGCAUUCGCCACGGCAGAUGAGUAUCAUUUGGGAAAUCUGUCUCAGGACCUGACCUCCUACGGAUAUAUGGAAGUCACAAGCUUGCCUACAGAUGCAGCAAAUAUUUUGGUGAUGGGUGUGGAAAGUUCUGCAAAAGAAGGUGACCCGGGAACAAUGUUCUUCUUCAGGGAAGGAGCUGCUGUGUUUUGGAAUGUGAAAGACAAAACUAUGAAGCAUGUGAUGCAGAUCCUAGGGAAACAUGAAAUUCAGCCGUAUGAAAUUGCACUGGUACAUUGGGAAAAUGAAGAGCUUAACUACAUGAAAAUAGAAGGACAGUCUAAACUUCACAGAGGGGAAAUCAAGUUAAAUUCAGAGCUGGAUUUAGAUGACACCAUUCUAGAGAAAUUCGCUUUCUCCAAUGCUCUUUGCCUUUCUGUGAAACUAGCUAUUUGGGAAGCAACGCUGGAUAAAUUUAUUGAGUCUAUUCAGUCAAUUCCAGAGGCUUUAAAAGCUGGGAAGAAAGUGAAAUUAUCUCAUAAAGAAGUUAUGCAGAAAAUGGGUGAACUCUUUGCUCUAAGACACCGUAUAAACUUGAGCUCAGACUUCUUGAUAACUCCUGAUUUCUACUGGGACCGAGAAAACCUGGAAGCACUUUAUGACAAAACCUGCCAAUUCCUCAGCAUCACGCGAAGAGUGAAGGUCAUGAACGAAAAACUCCAGCACUGCAUGGAACUAACAGACCUAAUGCGGAAUCACCUGAAUGAGAAGAGAGCGCUCCGCCUCGAGUGGAUGAUCGUCAUUCUUAUUACCAUAGAGGUAAUGUUUGAACUGGGACGAGUAUUCUUCUAAUCAUGUGAUAACCAAGUGUCACUGUGGGAGAGGGUCAACUUCUACAAUCAAAACUAAAUGUUCAGGGGGCCAGGGAUAUAGCUCAGUGGUACAGUGCCUGCCCAGCAAGCACAAGGUGCUGAAUUUGAUUCCAGACACCCAAAAGAAACCUGAACAAAGAAAUUUAUAAAACUAAAUGUUCACUAUUGCGUGAUCUUAUUUAAUAUGUAUUUAAUUUUUUUAAGUCAAGAAGUAUAUAUAAUGGUCUUUUUCAGUUCCUAAAUAUUGUUACUUAAAUAAAAAUUAUGAAGAAUC